AUGAAUGCGACGGCGUACGAGGAUAAUGAUUCCGCAGAGGCCGGUGAAAAUGGCGCUGUGAAAGACAUGCCCGUUACAGCGAAGAAGUCAACACAUACUACCAGUCGUGCAAAAGGGAAGCUUCAGGUGCGCAUCCGUAAGCGUACCAACAUGCCCAAGGAAUCCGAGUGGCCCGAUCCAAAGUACGAUACAGCGCGAGCACAGUGA